UAACUGCUAUUUACAAAAAUCCUGGGGUAACUCAAUUUCUAAUAAAAUCCAGGGGUAUAUAGAUCAAACAUAUAAUAAUUCAGUUUCAAUAAUUCUACAAAUUUAUAUGAACUGUCAACUUUGCUCUUACCUAUCUUCUUCUAUAACCCGAAUUUUGCUUGAUCGGAUCAUCCCGUUGACCCGAAUUUAGAUCCGAAUUCAAGGUCCGGAAAAAUGAACGAUGCAGAUGUAUCAAAGCAGAUCCAGCAAAUGGUCAGAUUUAUCCGGCAAGAAGCUGAAGAAAAAGCUAAUGAGAUUUCCGUCUCUGCUGAGGAAGAAUUCAACAUCGAGAAGUUGCAGCUAGUAGAAGCGGAGAAGAAGAAGAUUAGACAGGAGUAUGAGCGCAAAGAGAAACAAGUGGAUGUUCGCAAGAAGAUUGAGUACUCCAUGCAACUUAAUGCCUCUCGAAUCAAAGUUCUUCAAGCUCAGGAUGACUUGGUUGACACCAUGAAGGAGGCAGCAGCAAAGGAGCUCUUAAAUUUUAGCCAUCACGAGCAUGGCAUCAUAGAUUCUAUUAUUCAUCACCACCAUGGCGGUUAUAAGAAGCUUCUGCAUGAUCUUAUUGUUCAGAGUUUGCUUAGGCUCAAAGAGCCUUGUGUCCUCCUGCGUUGUCGGAAACAUGAUGUACACCUGGUUGAACAUGUACUGGAAGCAGUAAAGGAAGAAUAUGCAGAGAAGGCAAAUGUCCACCAACCUGAGAUCAUUGGUGAUGAAAUCUACCUUCCUCCUGCCCCAUCACAUCAUAAUAUGCAUGGUCCUUCUUGCUCCGGAGGAGUGGUGUUGGCUUCUCGAGAUGGGAAAAUUGUGUGUGAAAACACUCUUGAUGCCAGAUUGGAAGUUGUGUUCCGUAAGAAACUACCAGAGAUCCGCAAGUGCCUAUUCGGUCAGGUUACUGCCUGAGGGGCUGGAACCUUUUGUUGUAUUUAUCAUCCAUCACUCUUCAUUCAUCGUUCUGUGGAUUCUUAAUUGGCGAAUGACCGAUGUUCCAAACUAUCAUCCAUCGGUUUGCUUUGUGUACUAUUAUUUCAUUUUCUCCGAAAGACUCGCUUUUCAUUCCGAAACUGUCUUGUUUUCUUGUGAUUAUUUCAUUGGGGCAUUGCAACAAAUUUAUGUUUGAGUGAUACUUCUUGUACUCUAGCAUUGAGUCUGGGCAUUUUUUUGCAGUGUAAUGUUGUCAAUAAUAAGUGUAAGUUGCUUGAUUUAUUAGUUGAGACAUUAAAUUAUUGUGAGUAA